CUGGGUUGCAGCGCCGGUCGUGGCGGUUUCGUUGCCCGAAGCCGGGAGCGCGGAGUCGUUCCCGGGGGAGGCGGCCAGGCUAUGAUCGCGGGUCCCCGGCGGCCCGCUCCGGCCAAACAGAGUCUCUGUCUCAGCUGGUGCCCGCGCUCGAACGGUCGUCUCAGCCCAACCCCGCGGCGCAGUUGGCGGCGGCGCCCCCGGCGCGCCCCCUCCUCCGAUGGCGGCAGAGAUCCAGCCCAAGCCGCUGACCCGCAAGCCGAUCCUGCUGCAGCGGGUCGAGGGCUCUCAGGAGGUGGUGAACAUGGCCGUGAUCGUGCCCAAGGAGGAGGGUGUCAUCAGCGUCUCGGAGGACAGGACUGUUCGUGUGUGGUUAAAGAGAGACAGUGGACAGUACUGGCCAAGCAUAUACCAUGUGAUGCCUUCUCCAUGUUCAUGCAUGUCUUUUAACCCGGAAACAAGAAGACUGUCCAUAGGUCUAGACAAUGGUACAAUCUCAGAGUUUAUUUUAUCAGAAGAUUAUAACAAGAUGACUCCUGUGAAAAACUAUCAAGCGCAUCAGAGCCGAGUGACGAUGAUCCAGUUUGUCCUGGAGCUGGAGUGGGUGCUGAGCACGGGACAGGACAAGCAGUUUGCCUGGCACUGCUCCGAGAGUGGGCAGCGUCUGGGAGGUUAUCGCACCAGUGCUGUGGCCUCAGGCCUGCAAUUUGAUGUUGAAACCCGGCAUGUGUUCAUUGGUGACCAGUCAGGCCAAGUAACCAUCCUCAAACUGGAGCAAGAAAACUGCACCCUGGUCACAACAUUCAGAGGACACACAGGUGGGGUGACUGCUCUCUGUUGGGACCCUGUCCAGCGGGUGUUGUUCUCAGGGAGCUCCGAUCACUCCGUCAUCAUGUGGGACAUCGGUGGGAGAAAAGGAACAGCCAUCGAGCUCCAAGGACACAAUGACAAGGUCCAGGCCCUGUCCUACGCACAGCACACGCGGCAGCUCAUCUCCUGUGGCGGUGAUGGCGGGAUCGUGGUCUGGAACAUGGACGUGGAGCGGCAGGAGACCCCUGAAUGGUUGGACAGUGAUUCCUGCCAAAAGUGCGAUCAGCCUUUUUUCUGGAACUUCAAGCAAAUGUGGGACAGUAAGAAAAUUGGCCUGAGACAGCACCACUGCCGCAAGUGCGGGAAGGCGGUCUGCGGCAAGUGCAGCUCCAAGCGCUCCCCGAUCCCGCUGAUGGGCUUCGAGUUUGAAGUGAGGGUGUGCGACAGCUGCCAUGAGGCCAUCACAGAUGAGGAACGCGCGCCCACCGCGACCUUCCACGACAGUAAACAUAACAUCGUGCACGUGCACUUUGAUGCGACCAGAGGAUGGUUACUGACUUCGGGAACUGACAAGGUUAUUAAGUUGUGGGAUAUGACCCCAGUCGUGUCUUGAUGCCCCUUCCAGGCGCCAGAAAGACAGAAUUUACUCAAGAAACGGUUGUUCUAACCCAAAUCAUGACUGCAGCGGUAAAGCAGAUGUGCGAGUGGCGGGGGAGGAGCCGAAAAGCUGAGCUGAGCUUGCGUGUCACCUGCACACGUGGCGGUGAGCGGUCUGAGCUCUUGUGAGGGAACUCUUUCAACUUGUUCAUACAAUAUAAAAAGAGGAUAUUUUUUUAACAAAUGGUUUAUACAGUCUGGCUCUGCUCCCUUGUUUUGAGUAUACCGAAAACUCAGCGUGGGGUGUUUUAAGUUUUAUAUUUGUCAACACUUGGUUUUAGCUGUUUCUUUGUGUGUUGGAGAAAGGAGUAUAUAACUGUUCAGGGUAUUUGGGGUCGCUGUGAAGUAGUUUCCGUGUUCCUCUUCUUUGGGCACGUAUCCUGUGGUCUGCAUCUUCUCCCUACUCAGCUUCUUCCACUGUUCCCCAGAGUGAACAUAUUCACAAUUUAUUUGCAGUGUGUCUGCUUUCGUAGGAGUCCCCCUCCGUUGAGAGAUCUGGAAAACCAUCCUUGUGGUUUUCCCAGCUGAUUUCUUAAAUUGCCCAAAGGAUGAUCCAUUUGUAAUGUCUAGAUCUUACAAGAGUGGAAAUGACCUUAUGUUUCUGCCUCAGUUUUUCUCUUUCCUACAUUAAAAAAAGAAAAAAAAAAUUGCUGUGAGAAAGCCACUCCCAGCCACGGAAGUAGAUUAUCAAACUCAGACCUUCAACUCUCAGUGCCUGGAUCCUUUCUAAUUCAGUGGGAGCUUUCUGAGCCUUUUGGGUUUUAGUUUUAUUGACACAGCUCUCCUUCGCUCUUGAUAUUAAAAACAAGCAAAAGGAAACAACAAAACCCUGUGUCCUUCAAGAAUAGUGUCUUUAAGAUCUGUGGUUCUGUGUGAUGUCACCUCUGAACUUGAACAUGCUCAUUGCUGUGAGGUUGUAUGCUGCUUUAUUCCUCACUGUCUGUAUUUGCUUCCCCUUUCAAAACCAGAUAUUUAAAGAUUUUUAUCUUCGUGUAUUUUAUCAGAACACUUUGCACGCUUUAAUACUCCAACCGUGUGAUCUGAGACAUAAAAGGUACUCAGUCCUACAGCUCAUGCUGUGUGUUCCAGUUGGGAAUGUACAGAAAAGAGGGGGAGGGGAGGCUUUAGGAAAUGAACCUGAGGAACCCUGAUUUUAAGGGAAUCAAUCAUCUUGAUAAGUUGAGAUAUUCUUGUGUGUAGAGACCCCAUUUGAGAUUCUUACUUUCAACCUGUAAAAGGAGGAUUUAAAUGAGCAGCGGGCAUGUGUUCUGUGCCCGCCUCCUUCUCAGCACUUUACCGGGACCACCUCAUUCAUCCCUCACCCGUCAGGAGUAUCAGGGGACCCCUGAGUCCUUGGGGUUCACACGGUUACACAAAGCCUUGCAGGUCACAGGCCAAUGACUUGCCCUUCCCUAUGUGAGCCCUACCUCUGCAGGGUCUUGUUCUCUGCUGACUUGACAAUUGAGGGUGGUCGUCGUUUCUCCCCUCAUGAUCAUUGAUUACUUUUCUAACUGGGAGAAUGACUCCCAGCCAGACUUGGAUAACCCACCCCCUGCCCCCCGCCACCCCAGCACUGACCAGCUGUGCUUCCUGGUGACAGACCUCCUCGAGACGGUUCUGCUGCUGCAGCUUUGGGGCACAGGACAGUAGGCAUGCCCCGUGCAGCCGUGGUACAUGACAGCCAUGACCUGGGACAUCAGGGCAGAUCGGCCCACGUGACCGUACUCUGAGGCUGUGGACACAGACACACCAACGUGCAGAAGCAGUUACCACUUGCCACUCAACUGCCCCUUCCACCCUACCCUUGCUGACCAUCAGUGAAGCCAUUAUAACUAACCUGGGUCUCUUCUGCAUGGUUGUGAGAGAGCUUUAAAAAGGGAAUUCAAUUUAAAAUAUUCAAAUAUCUGUUUUGUAGUUUACUACUAGAACCUGGAGCCACUUACAGAGUUGUCCGUAAUAAAGAACGACGUGGUAGACAUGAGUAGUAGAAAUGAAUGGCUCUCUUCUCCCUUCCUUUGGAGCAUGGCCUGAAUACAGAGAGGCAAACACAGUGUCGGGGAGGCGGUGGGUCAGGUGCCCAGCAGACCUGAUGUGGUUCUGAGUUGGGUCUAGAUGAGCUCAGAUCACACUGGGGAAGCUGAUUGUCCCCGCUGGGUCACAUGUGAGCCCAUGAUCGCUCUGGUCUGUGACCCCGCACUUCAGGCCCCCUGCCUCCUCCCACCAUGGCCGCACCCCUAGCUCACAGAGCCAUUCAGAGGUGGAACCCCUCGGACAUACCUCCUGGUGGUGACAGUCGCGACCAGUGACCACAGACAUGUCAAGGUACCCAUUGCGCUGCUCUUUUAUUUCUCCUCAUCUGUGUAGGUGCUUUAGUUUGGUGAGAAGCACUUAGCAUGCCAACUGUGUGUGUUUAUAAUACUGUGAAUCCCUGAGUAUUACAUUCCCACCACCAUUUGUGUAACUCAUCGAUAUGUGUUGGUGUUGGGGUGCCUUCCAAGCAUUUUAUGGAAUAGAGGCUUCAGUCAUUAGGAGCAAAAGCUGGCGCCAGCACUUGGCUUGUCUCCUGUCUGGGUUAACUCUCAUCGCUCUUGUUUUACCCCACUGGAAUUGCACUUUAUAUAUAUAUAAUUUUUCUUUUUGCUCUAUUGCUUCAACAUACAGAAGCUCUGGCAAGUCAAGCCUAACACGAUCAAUGCUGGGAAGUGGCACACUCGCACAUACCAUGCCUGUGCCUUUUAUUUGGUAGGACAGAACCAAUCCCACGCUCCGUUUCUCCAGAGAAAUGAUGUUCCUGGACCCUUUAGCUGCCUGGGUUGUCUCCACAGCAGCACAAGUGGUUUUAGAUGAAGUACUUGGAGUCAUGUGUCUUUUUUUUUUUAUGAGAUCAGUCAACCAUAGUGUGUUUCUUACUGGAUUGUUUGAAUGUUAUGCAAAGAAUCGUAAAAUCACAGAACUGGAAGGGACUCCUCAGACCUCUAGAAUGUUCCAAGCACAGUCACACCAAGCAGUGAGAUAUAGUUGAGGUAUCGGCAAGGGGAAUCUGUAAGAAUUUUGGAAGAACAGUUGUUUUUGAACGUGAACCCAUAAUGGCGUGCGUGGGAGGAAUAACUUUGAGGCUCAAGGCAGGGAGCUGUCAGAACUGGGUCUGGUCCUCUCAUCACAGGCAAAUCUCAUACCUCCCCUGGCUCCGAGUGGGUGGGUUCGUGCAACGAGGUGAUCACUGCAGGCCUCCAUCAGCCUAACCAGCUUCCUGCGCCCGCCCCACCGACCUCUCCAGCCACGCAGUGUAAGUGGAAGUCAAGGGGCCCUGAGUCUGCACCUUAACCUCUGUGUGCAGGUGGGCCCCGGGCGAGUCUCCUCAUUGCCCUUCCUGUGAAAUAUCGCCUUUUCCUAUUUUUGAUACUCAUUUUUUCAAAAGCCUAAUUUAUUUUUGCUUGAAAUUACUCAGAUUUUAAAACCUGAAUUUUACCUUUCAAGCAAGGGAUUUAGUCUGAACUGCAUCAAAGGUACCAGACGUAAAUAUCCAUUAAAUGAGAUCCCUUUGGUUUUGCCUUUUCAUAGUAGUAUAAUUAUAAGUGACCUUGUCCACUAAGAUUUCUGUUUUAAAAUGAAAGAAAACAUUUUGCCAAUGCUUUUUGGCAUUUUCUCUCUCCUCUAGAACAAAGUUAAGUUGCAUUUUUCUGGAUGUGAGGGUGGCUAUCUAUCAACGUAAUGGGGAAACACAGAGAUUAAGUCCAUCCUGAGCAUCGAGGGAUCUAGACGACUGUUGAAGCUCUUAACUCUCAUAGUCCAGCCCUUUGCUGAGUGUCCACCACAUACCAGGCUUUGAACCAGGCCUGGGGUCAAGAGGUCCAUUCUGUGGUUUGGGCAGAGGCCACACAGACGAGUUGGUGUUCAGUCGCUCAGUCAUGUCCGACUCUUUGCGACCCCAUGGACUGCAGCAUGCCAGGCUUCCCUGUCCAUCACCAACUCCUGGAGUUUGCUCAAACUCAUGUCCUUCGAGUCGGUGAUGCCAUCCAACCAUCUCAUCCUCUGUCGCCCCCUUCUCCUCCUGCCUCAAUCUUUCCCAGCAUCAGGCUCUUUUCCAAUGAGUUGGCUCUUUGCGUCAGGUGGCCAGAGUAUUAGAGCUUCAGCUUCAACAUCAGUCCUUCCAAUGAAUACUCAGGACUGAUUUCCUUUAGGAUGGACUGGUUUCAUGUCCUUGCUGUGGCUCGUUUCUGUGGUAUAUGGUGACUCUGGUGACAGAGGUGUGGGGUCCCAUCCCAGGAGCUACACAGGUACUCUUGCACCCACAGGGGAGGGGGGAUCCCAGCAGAUAGGACUCCAGAGCUGAGAGUUGAAUGAAGAGCUGGAAGGAGCUGCGGAAGGGCCUGAGUUUCCAGGCCGUGGAAGCAGUGCCAGCAAAGGCCCAAGACCUGCACCAGCCUGGCGCUGGGGUCCCACCCGAGGUUUGGAGCCGGGGUCCCACCCGAGGUUUGGAGCCAGGGUCCCACUCCAAGGUUUGGAGCCGGGGUCCCACCCGAGGUUUGGCGCCGGGGUCCCACCCGAGGUUUGGAGCCGGGGUCCCACCCGAGGUUUGGCGCCGGGGUCCCACCCAAGGUUUGGAGCUCCGGAGCAGCGCGUGCGCAGCUGCAGUCCUCUCAUCUCUAUCAGACAAGAUGCUCAUGGCCGCAGGGGGAGGGAGGCAGCCCACAGCUCACCAAGCACCUUUACCCAGAGGCUUGCCAGACAAGUCCAGUCUUCCUGCAGCUGAGGCCAGUAUCACAGUUUCUUUUUCUUUGGAAACACCUGGAAUUAUCUUAAAAAGGACCCCUGGCUAACUAAUUUUUGAACUUUGUUGUGGGGCAUAGCCACCUACUGGAGGCCAUGAGGUGGGGCUGGAGACCACUGCUUGCCUGGUUUUGCUCUGGAGGAGCUUGUUGUGAGCUCAGUCGCUAAGUCAUGUCCCACUCUUUGUGACCCCAUGGACUGUAGCCCGCCAGCCUCCUCUGUCCGUGGGAUUCUCCAGGCAAGAAUACCAGAGUGAGUUGCUACUCCCUUCUGCAGGGCUUCUUCCUCACCCAGGGAUCAACCCCAAGUCUCUUAUAUCUCCUCCAUUGUCCGGCAGAUUCUUUAUUACUGUGCCACCUGGGAAGUCCCUAGAUGAGCUUACAACAUACUAAUCCCAUUAUUUCCUGGGGCGGGGGCGGUGGGGGGGCAGGUUCGGCUGCUCCCCUUUGAAAAAGGACAGCCCUUGACCUGUGGAGGAGGCCAUUCUGGACAGCAAAGGCCGUGCACGCGUGUGAUCUCUCCAUGAGCAAGCAGACCACUGCUGUCCUCAUUUCCCUCUGGCCUUACAUCGCUCCUGCAGCAGUGGGUCAUCUCAGUACAGUGUGGUAAAUGUGAUAAAUGCUCAUGGCAGGGGCACUCGCCAAGGGAAGGGAACAUUUUCCUCAAUUCAGUGACUGUAAAAGGGCUCAGUAGACCCAGCUGUACAGAGCCCGGGGCCCUCCCACCCCAUGGUGGGCCUCGGUCCUUCCUGCUACCUGUACUGCACCCACUGGCCUUUUUCCUCCAGUGCCCGAGUAUCGUAUGUCCGUAACUUAAUUCAGGAACAUCCAUGUUCUUUUUUAAACUUGAACUCAACUUCACCAUCAAGAACUAGAUACACACGAACCCUUAGGUUUUUAGUUUGUAAUUUUGCCUUUCAAAUUUAUCCCUUCCACGGAGAAGCCUGUCUGGGCCUAACACAAGAAAGCAGGGUGUAAAAUUAGAUCUGUCCAGCACUGGAAGGGGAUUCCUCCAUUGUAUGUCUUAUGCCAGGUAAUUUUUGAACAGCAAGUCCAUAGACCCUUGUCUGUUUAUAGUGGAAAAGAUGUGGAAGGGAGAUUAAAAGCCUUGAGUAAAAGUUGAAUUCGAUGAUCAUGCUUAAGAUCCCUUCCAAUCUGUGAUGCUAUGAUUCUAUGACUGUUGUUACUCAUUGGACUAACCCGACCUUUACCAGUGACCUGCCUGCUCAUGGCUGACUUAACUCAGGUAAAUGGGAGUGUGUCCCACUGCCUUUGUCUGGUGUCACAUCAAGUAAACGGCUGCCUGUAUUUUCCCAACUAGAGCCCAGGAGGUUUGAAAAAAGUUGGAGAAGGCAGAGGUCAAUCAUGGUACCAUCUCAUUAAAAACAAAUACCUCAGAAUCUUCACUUCUGUGGAUCCAAGUGUAUCUGACUUUCUUGUGAGAGAAAGGGAAUAAUUGCAGGUUGGCUUAAAGGUUAGAUUUGGAAUGCGACCUUGAUAUUUAGGAUCCUUUCUCCUCCCCUACCCCCACCCCCGUCUUGGUUCUCUGGGAAGCAUGAGAGAGUAAACUGUAACACAAAAAUGGGAAACGGUUUGAAAGAAGUCGUUCUCUUAAAAACACUCUUCCCUUCAUUUAAAUGGAUGGCUGCCUUAUGUUAGUAGCAUAUGAAGUAUGGACCAAAAUACUUGUGUCGCUGGUAACCGAUGUACACUUACAUAUUUGUGUUUUACGCCAUCUGCCUUUUUUUUUUCAAUGUACUGUCAUUUUGCAGAAGAAAAUGUAUGAAAAGUACAAAAACUGUUACUAACUGGACAACCGGGAAGGUGCUAGCCCCACAUUCGUGCCUGCCUCCCACUGACUCCAUAACCAGGGACAAGGACACUUCCAUCCUGCAUGCCCAUCAGCCUGCAGCCCAGUCGGAACCUGGCUGCCACGGCAUGUUGCUUUACAAAAUGUCUUUUUUUUCUUUCUUUAUGAAAUGAGAUUCUCCAAGGGGUCAGGCUGAGAAUGUCAUAAGCCCAAAGCUGGAAGAAGUUUCUCAAACGUGGUUCUAGCUGAACCCCGUUGGCAUCGCCACGCCCUCUACCACCAGAUUCCACCAACCAGACCAAGCAGUCUUGACAUUGACUUCCUGAAUGUGACUAGGUGGGAAUGAGCCAGGAUUUCCCACAAUGUUAAACGUCUGCUGAAUGUUGUGAAUGUUCCUGAACUCUGCUCACUUUCCCUCUGUGCUUCCCUCUAACCGAAACGUGUGUGUAGCCAUGACCUGUGUCAAGACCCAAUGCAAGCCACCGCCACAGUUUAAAAUAAAUCUCUGUGGAAACCUU